GUCACUCUAUUUCUAUACGCGACGCUGACGAGAAAGGAAAGCAAUUUUCCAGAAGUUGAAAAGCCCAUAACAGUGCAAAAUAGUAACUAAAUUUAAGUGCAACGUGUAAAUAGAUGCAGAACGGAUCGCGACAAUUGCCUAAACAGCGGUUAAUUCGAUAUUGGAAAGUGGAAAAGAAAGUACGUGAAUAGGGCGAGAAAAGAGAACGCAAUAACGUGAGACAGUGUGCGUUCGAAGAGUUUUUCGUCUCCCUCGCACCGAAGUGGAGCGCACUCAAUUAUUUUGUGGAUGGAGUGGAACAACAACAGCGACACAGCAACAAAAAUACAAGCAGCAAUAACAGCAACAACAACUACAAAUGCAGAAAAUGUUAAGAAAAUCACAAAUAGAGCGAAAAAAGAGAGAACAAUAGCGAAAGCGUUAGAAUGUAAUACAAUCGAUGCAUUAAAUAGAGUACAAGUACAGCAAUUGCAUUGGAAAUUUAAAUUCGUGCGACAAAAGCGGACGAUUGCAGAAAUUUUCGAAACUUGGCAGCCAUAUUUACUACAAAAACAACGCCGUUGUAAAAAUACGUGACAAAACGCUUACACACACACACACACUUAGUCCCACACCCACACACUCUCUUCCUCACACACAUUCGCGCGUAUUGAAAGGGAGGAAUAGAGACAGAAAGAGAGACGCGAACGUGAAUUAACAAACAAACAAAAAUAUUUUGCGAAAAAGACAAACACAAAAAUCCAAUAAAGUGUAUUACAUAAACAAACAGUGGGUCAAUUUGAAAUAUUAUGGAAAUUGCACCACUGAUCAAUAACGCCGUUGCUGUCGUCACAGCCUCUGCCGCAGCUGCUGCCUCUGCCAACGUCAACGUAGGCAGCAGCAAGGAAAAUGAUAACGUCAACAAUCUGGCGCUGCUAGCUUCGUUGAAGUUACAAAAAGUGCUAAAUAUCAAUAACUACAACCAUCACAGCAGCAGCAGCAGCAACAACAACCGUAGCCACAAAAGCGAUAUCAAACCACACGAGCAACAAAAACAGCAGCAACCACAACGACGAAACCUCGAUAUUACGAGCGAGAAUGAUGUAUUGAACCAAUUGCUAAAAACUGGAGCUGUUUUCACCAAAACUACCACGCCCACAGCGCCCAUUGCCAUCGAGAGAAGGAAGCAGUCGCAGCAGCAGCAGCAGCAGAUACAUCAAUAUGCACAACAACAACAACAGCAGCAACAGCAGCAACAACAACAUCGGCAACAGCAGCAGCAAUGCAGCGCACAGAAGCAACGCCUCAACUCAUCCAUAUCAUCGACCAAUUCAUCGACAUCAACGAACUCCUCCUACGGCAGCUCAUCAUCGGAAGAUGCUGCAGCCGCAUCUGCAACAUUGGCAGCAUCUGCCACGCUAGCAAAAUCGACACCAAGAACAAACACCACGAAGGCGUCCAGCAUUAAAUUGCCAGAGAAAUCGAAAAUUCCGUCCGAUAUACUUGAUGAUCUGGCCAGUCGGUUUAUAAUCAAUGUACCGGACAUGGAGCUGAAUAAUCUAAUACGAAUGUGUUUCCAAAUCGAGCUCGCCCACUGGUUCUAUUUGGAUUUCUUUUGUGCCCCCGAAACUGGCGAGGAUGGCGAGACCCAAAAGUGUAUCCAACGGAAGCUACCGACGGUGGGCAUUAAGCAAUUCGCAAUGCAGUUGUUCCAACACAUUCCCUUCCUGAACAAACAUUUUGGCACCGUGGAUCAAAUUCUGGACGAGUGGAAGAACUACAAGCUGUCAGUGCCCACAUACGGAGCUAUUCUCGUGUCCGAGGAUCACAACCAUUGCUUGCUAGUGCAGUCCUACUUUGCACGCAACUCCUGGGGAUUUCCCAAGGGCAAGAUCAAUGAGAACGAGGAUCCAGCCCAUUGUGCCACGAGAGAGGUUUAUGAGGAGACCGGGUUCGACAUCACGGAUCUCAUCGAUGCCAACGACUAUAUCGAGGCUUUCAUCAACUAUCAGUACACGCGACUGUACGUGGUGCGCAACGUACCGCUGGACACGUCGUUUGCGCCCCGCACCCGCAACGAGAUCAAGUGCUGCGACUGGUUCCGCAUCGAUUCGCUGCCGGUGAACAAGAACGAUGCCAUAUCGAAGGCCAAGUUGGGCAAGACCUCCAACUCCUUCUUCAUGAUCAUGCCGUUUGUGAAGCGCCUGAAGAAGUGGGUGAACGAGCGGAAGGCGGGAAUCGAGCCGCGUCGCCGAAAGUGCUCCGGCCAGCAGUCCCCCAAAGCGACCUCGCCCACAAACCUAAACGGCAGUUGCAAAAAGGACGCUGCCGGAGUGCGCAACGAAAUGCGACGCCAACGACACAAGUCCAUGGGUGAUUUGGAUGGUGUCAAGUUGAAUAAUCUCAAUGGCAAGGUGGCCACUGGACCGGGAGCGGUAUUAGGAGCGCCCGCCUCCGCCACCAGCGCCAUCAACUCGAUGAACAUCUGCAAUAGCAAUGGGAAACGCAAUAAACAAAAUGUGGCUGCAGGCAGCAAUCAAACAACGCCACUAGCAGCAGCAGCAGCAGCAAAGGCAGUGACGUCAAACGGAGCCAUCGGAGGCGGCACAAUAUCCUCCAAGCGUCAACUGUUCCAUAGCCAAAGUCAGAACGAUGCACAGCAGUCGGCAAGCAAUGAAAAGCAGAUUGUCAGCUCCUUUGAUUUAAUACGCAAGGAGAAGCAGCAACAACUUAAGGCGGCUAAGGCGCAGAAGCAACAACAACAACAACAACAGCAACAACAGCAGCAGCAACAGCAGCGAUUGCGCACCAAGUCCCAGAGUGACAAGCAGUGCAGUCCACAGCAACCAGUCAAGAUCCUGGGACAACAACAGCCCACAACGGGCAUGGAUUUGAUAGCCAUGCUAUCGGCGGCGGCGGCAGCUCAAAAGACACCAAAGAACGAGCAGCAACAACAACAACAGCAGCAGCAACAACAACGACCACGACCAGCUUCGGUGUCGCUGAACUUUGGGGCAGCCAGUGCCGCAGGAGUAACACCAACUGCUCCGGAUGCCCAGGACAUACACAAGCUGCAGCGCAUGGCCUCGGGCACGAAUUUGAGGAUUCUAAAGCGAGCACAAUCGCAGCAACCGCCGCAACAACAUCAACAACAUCAACAGCAGUUGCAGCAACACCAAUUGCAAAUUCAACAGCAACAGCAGCAGCAGCAGCUGGGCGUUGACUUUACGCCCAAUUUUAAUUCGUGGACGAAUUUCUCUUUCACCAAGAACUUUAUAGCAAACGUGUUUUGCUAAACUUUUACUUUUGAGCCAACAACUUCCUUUUAAAAUUCUCAACUUGUGCAUUUCCCAGCAAAAGACCAGAUUACCGGGAACAACGAAUAGUUUUGAAGGCUCUGUGGAGUUGGAGAACAGAAACUUUGGAGACUUGCUAGUAAAUGAAAGCAUGCCAAUUGCAUUUAACAAGUUCAUUUGUUAUAAAACUAACACUAAAACUACCAACACUAUAGACAACUAAUCAUGUCUAGUCCUAGGCUUUGGAGACUAUGUAUCAAAGUAAAGUUUCCCGAUCUCUAAACUGGAGAUUUAACUUUUCCAUACAUAUUCUACAUUAGGGAACUGCGAGCACACUCGAACUCAAAAACUGAAUGCGAUCAAGUGCAUAAGUCAUUUGUAAUACAAAUUUUCAUACCAAAAAAAAAAAAAAAGAAGAAAAAUCAAAAAACGAGAGUCUUCCGCUCAGCACAUGUAAAGUAAUAUUUUGUAAAAACACUACAAUCGCUGUUCGACUUUAAGAUCCAAGUGAGAACAAACAGAUUGAGUAUAAUUAUGUUAGAAUCCUUCCUGUAUAAGCUAAAAAGUGUCUAUUGUGAGCCAAGUGAACCAAGCCUACUUCGAGCCGAAUGCUCGCCGUUUGAACGUAUUUUUAGAGAAAAGCAACAAACUAAAUCUAAUCUAACUAAAGCGUAGCUUUAACACGCCCCGAGUACAGAUCGUUUUGCGUUAAUUUCUAAAGUCCACUGUUGACUCUUUGCAAGGGCAACAAAACGCUUCUGCGGGGCGGCGAGUAUGAGAUGAUAAACAAAUAAUAUUUCUGGGCCGUACUACUUACUGCCCGCCCCCACCUACGAGAGAGAUGUGUAAGGAAAAAUACAAAUAAUAACAAUGUAAAUAAUUAAAUUGUGAUAUAGUAUUUCUUAGCACAAUUGUGAUCUUAACAAACGGCUGGCAAAUACAAACAACUUUUAUAAGGGAACUGCAAUACCAUUUUAAUCAAUCCAAAAUUGUCCCGCACACAAACCGUUCAAAAUUAAUUCCCACUUUCCCACAAUCAGGGGCAAUAUCAGGCAUAUCUCAGCAGAAAAUGUUUCGUCAAUGCUUUUUUGACAACUUGGGAAUGCGAAUGCGAAGCUAGCAAUGAGAAAAUGAGAAAACAAAUGUAUUUAACGAAUUUAAAUUAGUUUACAAUUGAAUGCUUAAAACGGGUUCAAUCAUGAUACAAAUUUGUAUGAUAUACACGAACUAAGGUAAAAGUAUUUGAGCGAUUUGUAAUUUUACGAAAACCAGCAGAGGAGUAUAUUUUUGUGAGCCACUAGUGCGUAAGAAGAGGGAGUGAAGCCUUUUAAGAAAUGUUAAGUCUUUUGAUAACUACGCGUAGAGUUCGUUAAGGUUUUCUACCAAACCAAGUUUCCUAUAAUUCGUAAGCAUGUCGCGACAUGUUAACUUAUUUCCCAUCAAGCGUAGUCUCCAAUGUGUGAAACAGUUGCCUAUUUAGCGUAUAUCUUUAGACUAAGCAAUGAUCUGCAAUGUCUCCAAAGUCGUAAUCUCAGAGUCUAUAAGUUUGCAGCACCGAAAAUCAAAAGAAGUUCCCUGUAAUUCGGUCUUUUGCAUACAAUUCGGUACUACUUCUUUAAUCUUAACAACCAAAAAACAGAAAGAAAUUUGCAUUUGCUUUAAAUCUUUUACCAUUGACUUUUAAAGCUUUUUGAAAAGCCAUAUUAAUUUGUAUUUUAUAUGUUAACACAUUGAGCUGCAAAUUUGUUUAAAACAUUUCUCUUUUAAUUUUGAUUUUUAUUAUAUUUCAUUUUUUACUAAAAAGCGUAUAGUUUAACUUUUUAUUUUUUGGAAACAUAGCUAAAUCUGUUUCCAGUCGCCUUAGACAAAUGGCCAAUGAAAUUGUGAUUACUUUGGACUUAUUUUGAAGCGUUAAAUUCCUUCCUUUCUUUCUUAAAUCAAAAAUUAAACUUAAUUUCUUUGGACAUUUGUCUGGGCCAAGCAACAAACAAACAUCAAACUUAUCAAGCAAGCAAUGAAUAUCAAAUUACACACAAGAACAACAUUGUUUACUCAGCUUGAAAACUACAAGAAACCCAAGAAUUAAAUACUGUAAAAUUCUGUUGUAAAAAAAAGAAUCAAACACAAAAGCAAAGUGAAACAUUUCAAUUAAAAUCUAAAUUGUAUCAAAAUGAAUUCUCAAUUAAAGAAUUACAAUCUUGUUUAAAUUCCACCCGUUCCGAAAACACUUUUAUAGUUUACUUUCAUUUUUUUUUCUUUUUGUGAAAACCCAUAGACAUAGCAAUAAUUAACUUAAGUAAAGGGCUCCUGGAACAACAACCGACAACAUUAAGUUAAUUUAAGUGAACGUUGGAUGCGUGAGGACUUGAUAUAUUAAAAUCUUGCCAACACAUGAAAGUCUGCGCCGCCCAACGAUCCGAGUGAUCCAAAUACUCGCUCCAAGCUAAAUUUGCUAUGCAUUUUAACCAUUGUAUCCAAAACAAAAAAAAUAUCGAAAAACAAAUCUGUAAACACGUCCAAAACAAAAACUACAAAAACAUAGGUCGUGAGUACACUAGAAUAGAUUUCCUGAAAAGAAUAUGGAAACAAAUUGAAAUUCGACCGAAACAAUCGAAUAUUGAAAAUUAUUAGAUUGAGUGAUUCUAUUCUUGUGUGAGCACCUCCUUUAAAACCAUACGAUAUCAAAAAUAAAAUGUUGUAGAAUUUAAUGCCAAAACAACCAAAUACGAAAAACAAAGUUAACUCUCCAAUCAAGAACAAUUGUAAAGUAAAAAGAUUAUCAAAUAACUAAUUUGUGGCAAUAUAUUUCCAAUAUUUUUCCCCCAAAAUUCCGGCAAUAAAUCGAUGUACCAAGUUUUAAAAAA